CGUACACGCUGCGGUGCCGUCAUCAAACGACAGUUUGACUGGCGCUUCAAGGCAAGCUAACCUGCGCAGCGCAUCAUGCUCUCUAAUUGGAUUCCUGCGAUUUCGUUGGGAGCAAAAGCUUUGAUCAGAAGGAAAUGGAAUCGAAACCCUAAUCCAAUGAUCGUGAGUGUGCAGUGGUUCUCAUUUUCUUCUUCCAAAGCUCCAAUAGACAUGGCUGCCAGAGAUGGAGAACUGAGGGUUUUUCUUGUUGCCGGUGAAGUUUCUGGAGAUUCCAUCGCUUCUCGCCUAAUGGCUUCGCUUCGACUUUUCUCACCUUUCCCUCUUCGCUUUGCUGGUGUUGGUGGGGCUAAGAUGGCAAGUGAAGGGUUGAAGUCUCUAUUUUCUAUGGAAGAUAUUUCGGUAAUGGGGCUUUGGGAGCUUUUGCCUCAUCUGUAUAGAAUCAGACUAAAACUGAAGGAAACAGUUGAAGCAGCUGUUCUAUUUGAACCUCAUGUUGUAUUAACGGUUGAUUCUAAGGGCUUUUCUUUUCGGUUCUUGAAACAACUUAGAGCUAGAUACAUUCAGAAAAAUAUGGAUUUUCCAUCACACUUUCACUAUGUAGCACCAUCAUUCUGGGCAUGGAAAGGAGGUGAAGCAAGACUUAGAGGACUAGCAGAAUUUGUGGAUCAUCUAUUGUGCAUACUUCCAAAUGAAGAUAGAAUAUGUAGAUUGAAUGGAUUGCACGCAACAGCUGUUGGGCAUCCGGUCUUGGAAGAUGUUCUGGAAUUGAAUUUGAGAAACAAGUCCACGAUUCAUGAAUGGAGGGCAAAAGGCAAUGCUGAAGAUUUCCGAAAUAAGUAUGCAGUGCCAGCAGGAGCCACUGUGAUUAGCUUACUUCCUGGAAGCAGAGUACAAGAAGUCAGUCGGAUGCUUCCCAUCUUUUCAGAUACUGUGGAACUGAUGAAAGACACAGUUCCACACUUGAUGACAGUCAUUCAUGUAGCACCUAAUGAGCAUGUGGAAAAUUUUAUAGCUGGUGCUAUUCAUGGAUGGCCUGUGCCAGUUAUAUUGAUUUCAGGUGGAACAACACAACUAAGAUAUGAUGCUUUUAGUGCAAGUAGAGUUGCUUUAUGCACAUCUGGAACCGUUGCUGUGGAGCUGCAGCUUGCACGAUUACCCUGUGUUGUUGCAUAUCGUGCCCAUAUAUUGACAGAAUGGUACGUUCGGUACAAUGCUAAGAUACAGUACAUGUCACUUCCCAAUAUUUUUUUGGACAAGGCCAUUAUUCCUGAAGCACUCUUUCAAUCUUGCAAACCGGCAAACUUAGCCUUGUUGCUCAAUGGUUUAAUACAUGAUAGUGGUUGUCGAGAAGAACAAAUAAUUGCAGCACAAAAGUUUGUCAAGCUUCUAUUGCCUUCAGAGAGAACAAAGCACAACCUUCCACAACAAACUUCGAGAUCUUAUGUGGACUACACUCCAAGUGCAAUUGCAGCAUUGACUAUAUUAAACCAUUGGAAACCAGUGACUAGUAUCUAACGACAUCUCUUUCUGCGAUUCUUUGGCUUUGGAUUUUUAAACUGCAAAGGAAUGUCUGUCUGCAGCUGGAAGAACAAUGAUCUGAAGCCCUACGUUGUUUUCUGCGUGGACCCUGAGCGACGUCUGGCCAUCAAAUCCGACAACUUCGACAAUACCUCCCUCGUCUAGAACGAGCGGCGACAUGUGGCCUUUGCGUCCCAUUACUGAAUAUGAUGGAGUGAAAAAGGGAAUGCGGUAAUGAUGAAUUGAAAAUCGAAUUUGAAGUAGGAAAAUGAGGUAAGGAAAAAUUGAAAAGGGGAAUGAGAAUGAAGAAACAUCUAUAGUGAGAUUAGGGGGAGAGAAUUGCAACACUCACUUACAGUGAGCAAAAGGCAUGCAAACAAGGCACAAAUUCUAAUUUAAAAGAAAUUGAAACUCGUUUUCUGCAC